AUGCCUGCCAAGGGUGCCCCGACGCGCCUGAACCCGGUGCGCUUGCAGACGAUUCAACACCUUCGAGUGCGACGACCAAACCAGCAACAACAGAAUUCAUGUGCUACGAUCAUGUCGUCUAUGCUGAAUUGCUGGGCCUCGGCUGGACAUGGCAGUGAAGGAUGUUCGGGACUGGAGGAAUCAUUAAAAGCAUGCAUGGACCAGAGGAAAGAUACAACCGUCCAGAACAACGCUGUCAACUACCACCUGAUGAGGAUGUUCCCCAAGGUCUCAGGACCACGAAAGCGAGAGGGUCGUCUGGGUUAG